AAAGGAGGAGUGCUGUCACAACUUGCAAGCCUAUGCAAAACAAAAUUUGCAAGUGUUGUGAAAUUCAUUUUAUCUUCUUAAAUUUAGCAUGACAGGAAAAUAAAACGUUGUAUUUGUUAAGGAUAUAAUAUAAGAAGGUAGCCAUGUCAGCAACUGAAAAUUCACUGUUGGCAAAGUGGUCUGGAAGCCAUGGAUUGUCCAGCUCACUGCUCUCAAGCUCCCUGGGGUCAACAAAAACAGAGUCUAGUUUACAGAAGAAAAGUGACGAGUCACAGAGAAAGCGUAAAUCUGAUAUCUCUACGACAAUAGAAAAAAAGAAGACAAAAGAUGGUGCUGACAAGUCGGCAAGUCUGUCUAGUAGUCUACUGUCAUCCAGUCUGCUGCAAAAAUAUGAUACCGGAUCAAUGUUAGGCAUGUCUAGUGUUUCCAUGACAACUAAGACGAUGGGUACUGGCCUGGGAACCAGUAGUAGUCUGUUAUCUAGGUCAGGAUUAUCAACAACAGGCCUUCUUACUAAACCAACUGGUGUAGGAAGCUCACUGACAACAUCUUUGAUGUCCUCAUCCUUGCUGACGAGACAGUCUAAUACCGUUGGUGAAUCGUUGUCAGGGAAACGGACUAGAUCACAGUUCAGUAGUGGAAGUAGUAGUCAGACAAGUUGCAAAUCAGAAUUAAAGGAAACGUCCACAUUGGCUUCUGGCUCAUUAAAGUUAACAGGAGGUGUGUCAUCCUUAUCCAGUGGCUCCUCCUUCCUGUCAAAAGCUCCACCUACUUCUUCUCUAAGCUCCUCCUUAAUUGAAACUGGUUUAAAGGAAACAGACAGAUUGUUGUCAUCAGGCUUGUCAUCUGGAUUAAAGAUGGACCUUCUGAGGAGUACAAGCUCUACAUCUUCACAAGGGGAGGGAGUAAAACAAAAGAAGGCAAAGGGGAAAUUAGACAAAAAAUCAGGGAGGAAACGUACAAAACUUGAUAAACAUACAGCUCCGCCUCCAUUGUACAACUUAUCCAAUGAAAUUGAAGCAGGGCGGGAGAUAGAGGUGCCAAGAUUCACGCCCCCAGAUAGAGACAGGUCGUUGAUUAUUGCCACAAAACUUCAUGAUGUCAACGGUUUGAAAUUUGCGCUAGUGAAUGCUGUAAGUGGGUCACUGAUAUGCCAGCCGGAUUUCCGUUCUGGUACAGAUCCAACUCGCAUAGCACUUGUUACCAUGGCAGAGAAAGUGAUCUGUUAUGACCCAGAGUUUGUUCUUAAGGUGGCGCUGUAUACAAGGAAACAGUUGAACAUCAGGACAACGGCAAACUUUAUGUUGGCUCUGUCAUCACACAUGCCUGCUUGCAGACCGUACCUGAAAAAAUACUUCAGUGCUUCCAUUGCUUUACCCUCGGAUUGGAUCGAAGUAGCUGAAAUAUACUCCGCAUUUCCAGAAAAGUCUCUUCCUCUUGGUUCUCUGCCAUCUGCUCUUAGACGAGCCAUGGUGGCAAAGUUUCCUGAUUUUGACAAGUACCAGCUAGCGAAAUAUAACAAGGAAAGCUCUAAAAAAAAGAAGAAAAAGAAGAUGAAGAAGGCAGAAGAAGCCACUGAAUCAGGUAGGGGUAGGGGUAGAGGUCGGGGGAGAGGUAGAGGACGUGGUGCUGCUAGAGGAAGAGGCGGGGCUGCAGUAGGCAGGGGCCCAUCAGUGUUGGACUCUGACAGCUUGAGCUCAGGUUCAGAAGUAGACUCGGAUGAGGAGGCUGAGGCUCGAAGACAGAAUGAGAGAGAAAAGAAUUUGUCAUCCGUUCUGUUUGAUGAUGGAGAAAGUCCAGAACAACUUCAGAAAAUGAGCUUCACAAUUAAACAACUUAUCAGAAAACUACACAUCACGGAACCAGUCGAACAUGUCAUGUGUCUUAUUGGGAAAAAGUACCCAAGUUCUCUAGAUGAGUUUUACAGGUCCAGGUUGCCUGGUACAUUUGAGGAGGAGAGGGCUGGGAAAAGAAUGAAACUUCCUGUACCUGAAACCUGGGAGACCCAGGUAUCUCUUAAAGGCAACAAGGCUUCAACUUGGCAAGAAUUGCUAGAUCACAAAAAAUUACCUUUCAUGGCCAUGUUACGGAAUUUGAGAAAUCUGAUUAAAGCUGGGAUUUCCUCCAAACAUCAUACUGGAGUCAUCCGGAGACUGACAGACGAGAGAUCAGUUAUCAACAGCAAGCAAUUUCCGUUCAGAUUUUUCUCUGCAUACGAAGUUCUGGAACAACUGCAGAAGGAUUAUGAAAUCUCUCAGGCAAAUAUCAUUGCUAUGGCUGAAAUUGAAGCCAACACCCCAAGUGAUGCAUCUACAAGAGGUGGGCGUGGCAGAGGUAGAGGAAGGGGAGGAGCAACAGUCAAGAAAGAAAAAUUGACAGCAGAGAACUGGUGGAUUAUUAAAAAGCAAAGAAAGCAAGAAAAGAACAAGAAGCCAAAGGAGACACCAUUUGACACUAAUCUGAUCAAUCGAUAUCGUAAGGCCUUAGAUACAGCUGUUAAACUGGCAACCGUGUAUAAUGUUCAACCAAUCAGAGGAAGGACGAUUAUUCUGUGUGAUGUCGGACCAAACAUGAAAGUGCCGUGCACAGCAGCAAGAGGGCUUGGAAAACCUAGAACAAUGCAGGAAGUAAGCGUGUUGCUCGGCCUGAUGUGUAAAUAUUCAUGUGAGGACUGUACCAUGGUGAUAUUUGACAGCUCAUCGUCCAUGUACUGUACAGUACAGUUAGAGAGUGGAACAAUUCUAGAAAAUAUGUCCACAGUUCUAGACAAGGACAUCUCUGAGGACCCAACAGCAAGGCAUUUCACGAAGGUGAAGGCAGACUUGCCAAUGUCAGUGCUAUAUGACAAUUUAAGAGAUAGAAUACAGAUUGAUAACCUGCUUGUUUUGACUGGUGGAGGUGACCAGUAUGCUCAGAGAUAUGUGCUGAACUCAUUCCUUGAAAUAUACAGACGUCUUGUGAACCCUGACCUACUUUAUGUAAAUGUUUCCUUUGCUGGAAGGUCAUGUGGAUUUGCAACAGAUAUAAAACCAGAACAUGACAACGAUAUUUACAUCUCUGGAUUCAGUGAUCAAAUCCUCAGAUUUAUAGCAGAGAGGGGUGAAGGGGGACAACUCCGACAUAUAGAAAAAAUUGAUGAAGCUUUUAACCUGAAACCUCUUCCAACAAAACCAGGUGAAAAACCGGCAGCACCAAAACUUGAUAUAGAAAAACCAUUACAGAUUGCUUCACAAACACCAAGCUGGAGAACUGCUCGUGUGUUUAUUUCAUCGACAUUCCGUGACAUGCACGGGGAGAGAGAUCUGCUGACGAGAUAUGUGUUCCCAGAGUUACGUGCCCUUGGAAAGAAGCAUUUUAUAAAUGUAUAUGAGGUGGAUUUGAGGUGGGGAGUUACUGAGGAGGAGACUAAAAACUCAAGGACACUAGAGUUAUGUUUGUCAGAGGUGUCCAAAAGUCAGUUCUUUGUUGGAAUGCUGGGAGAGCGAUACGGCUGGGUGCCGGAUAAAUACGAUGUCCCCGACACACCAGAGUUUCAGUGGGUGAAAGAAUACCCUCUUGGGGCAUCUGUCACAGAACUGGAGAUUCAAGCUGCAGCCCUCGGUCAAAAAGACAUAAGUGACAUGAAAAACAAGGCUUUCUUCUAUUUUAGGGACAAGUCUUUUGAAUGUGAUAUUCCGAAGAAAUUCCGAGAAGAUUUUGAAUGUGAGAAUGAGAAGAAUCAGGUGAAGAUGGAUGCCUUGAAACGUAGAGUACGCAGUAGCGGUCUUGAAGUAUUUGACAACUAUCCAUGUCAGUGGGGAGGGGUAGUAGACGGGAAACCUAUUGUCUCAGGACUGGAGCAGUUUGGAGUACGAGCCUUGAACAAUCUUUGGAAUGGAAUACAAAAGUGCUUCCCAGAUGAGGAUGCCAUGAUGGAUGAGACGAGUCAUACAAAUAAACUGCACAGUGCUUUUGUUGAAAGAUUAAGGAAAGUGUUUGUUGGACGUUCUAAACUGAGGAAGGAAUGUGUGAAAAUGAUGUCAGACAUGCCAUCAGGAGUUAUUGCCCUUGCUGGUAAACCUGGAACUGGCAAAUCUGCUUUACUUGCAAGUUUAAAACGACUACCGGCAGCACAAAAGACACCUUUUAAUAACCAGAUGAAGCUGUUGGUGUCGAAGAAAGAAGCAAAUGUUCCCCUGUAUUUGAGUCUAGCUUGUGAGGAACUCAGAGUGUAUGGUCUAUUUGAAAAGAUGACUCUGAAGUUAAAGUCCUUGCCACAGACAGUACCCACACUUCUACAGGAAGUGAUGUCACGGAUGGAGUCUGACCUUGGGAAAGACAUUGUAACUGCAGCCUUGACCUUGCUUGUUUGUGCUAGAGAUGGUCUGGAACAAGUUGAACUUCAUGACCUCUUGAACUUGGAUGGAAUUUUGGGAAAUGAAAGGCCAAAUGUGAAGGAGAUUAAAAACAUGAAGCCAAAUCCCGAAGAAUGUGUGCCGUCUGCUGUGUAUGCUCAGUUACAGAGGGCCUUACAGGGAUUCCUGAAUGAUCAGCUAGAUUCAGGGACUAGUAGAUUAAGUUUGUCCCAUGUUGACAUAGUACAGGCAGUGAGACAGAGGUAUUUGAAGGCUGCUGGUUCCAUGGAUACGGAACAAUAUUAUCACCGUCUGCUGGCAGGUUAUUUCUACAGUCUUGCAGACCCAGAUAGAAAUGGUAGUUUUACUGGAAAAUCAAUCAGAGCCUUCCAUGAACUGCCUUAUCAUUUGAACAAAUGUGGAAGUUACAGUGACCUUGAAGAUGUUGUCUGCAACCUUAAGUUCAUUUACAACAAGAGCAUGCUGGGAUUGACAGCUGAACUGAUAGAGGACUAUCAACCAUUAGACGUAAGUAACAAGACACAGGAGCGUGAGCAGAUGAAGUUCUUUGAUAAAUCUACAGUGAAGGAAUAUAAAUCAUUUGUCUCUAGAAGUCUACAUAUACUCUCAAGUCAUCCAGCGUUGACAUGGCAACAAGCUUACAAUGAGAAUUCAACCUCGGCACCAGCCAAGGACAUACAGACUGUGCUGUCUUCUGCUGAUAUUCCUAGAAGUCAGAGGUCACUGAUAGAGUGGAACAGUAAACCAGUCAACAUUGAUCCAUGCUACCUCACUAUAUCAAAUUUACCCGAGCCAAUGACCUGUGUGAGUGUAUCUCAGGAUAAUAGGUACUUCGCUUGUGGAGGAUUGGAUUGUCUCGUACAUCUGUAUGAUCUGAAUACAGGAAAGGAGAUAAGAAGUUAUCGAGGACAUGCAGACAAAAUAACAGAUGUGUGUUUUGUUGGCAGUAAUAAAUUAUGUAGUGCAUCCUGUGAUGCCACGGUCAGCGUGUGGGAUGUCAAUGAAGGUCAUAGGUUGUUUUCCCUCAAGGGUCACCAGAGGCGAGUGAACUCGUGCUCGUCAGACAAAUCCGGUACAGUGGUAGCUACGGCAUCCUGGGAUUGUACGAUCAAAGUUUGGGACAUGAAGAGAGGCAGUAUGAUCUGUGAAUUCAGAGUGGGAUGUCCAGUGAAUUGUGUGAGUUUCCAUCCAGAAGGACAGAAGAUUGUGUCAGGACAGUGGGAUAGUACCAUAAAAAUCUGGGAUAUUUUCCACAAAACAAAGAAAGCUGUUUUACGUGGUCACAUGUCAUCAGUGAGAGAUGUUGCAUACUCACCGUCUGGUCGUCACAUUGCCUCUGCUGCUCUAGAUGGAGAUGUAAAACUGUGGGCAGCAGAUACAGGCUCUCAGGUUGGUAACAUAGAGGGCCAUGCUUUACCAAUCAAUAAGUUGACAUUCUCACCAACUGGUAAAGAACUUAUCACCGUUAGUGAUGAUCAUAAAGUCAAGGUGUGGUCAGGACAUCUUGGUAAACCAAUUUCAACUAUUGGUAAAGAGGAAUUAGGCCCAGCUGUUUCCAUAGCAAUAUCUCCACAACAAGACCUGGUUGCUAUUGGAUACCAUUCCGGCUUUAUCAAAGUACAUGAUGUCCUGUCUGGAACAGAGUUAUAUUCAAGUCAGGUGCAUUCAGCAUCAGUGAGAUGUCUGAAGUUUUUGUCAUCUGCUUUCUUACUGUCUGGUUCAGAUGAUUGCUCAGCAAAGAUACUGAAAGUAAACUUGAGGAAAUCCCUGGUUGUAACCACUCUAACACAGCCGGUUCUCAGUGUAGCUGUUUGUCAGAACUACUUUGCUGUAACAUCAGCUGAUUGUACAUGUACUGUGUAUGAAUCUCUCAAGUACAACUCAAAUGAGAGGACUGUUCUAAAUGUGCCACCAAACAAAGUUUGUGUAAUGGGAACUCAUACAGGUGCUGUGACAAGUUGCUCCUUCAAUAACAGUGAAACCAGAAUCGUAACAGGAAGCCGCGAUAUGAGUGUAAGAGUUUGGGAUAUCGUUCAAUGUGGUUUUGAUGGAGAAGAUUCUAAGCCGUUACACAUAAUUCACAAUGCCCACGAUGACUGGGUGACAGACUGUAGCUGGUCUAACACAGCAGAUUUCAUUAUCACAGCUUCUAAUGAUUUUAAUCUGAAAGUUUGGGAUGUAUCUAAGAUUGGCAACACAUCUGGUGAGACAACAAAAGAAGGUACUGGAGAUAAUAUGUGCAAAGUGAAAUACAGUAUGAAAGGACAUAUGGCCUCUAUAAAUCAUAUAGGAUACAGUUAUGGUUGUGUGGUUUCCACAUGUGCGGAUGGGUCGGUGAAAAUGUGGUCACAUAAAGGUGUGGAGAUCACCACACUGUACGGCCAUACACAACGAGCAAAUGGAUGUGACAUAUCAGUUAGACUUGUUGACAGAAAUCAACAAGGUGAUGAUGGAAGUUGGGGUAUGGAUGAUGAACCACAAGAGAAGAUGUUACAACCUAAACUGGAGAAUGUUAUGGUUGCGACAUGUGGGGAUGACGGAACUGCUAGGCUCUGGUACCCACUUAAGGCAAAUGAGCUGGCGUGUCUGACUGGUCAUUCAGACAAGGUGUUGUCUGUUGCUUCUGACAACCAAGGUCGUUUGUGUACCUCCUCAUUGGACAAGAGCAUCAAAUUGUGGUCAUGUGACAAGGAACCGCAAACUCUGAUUGGUGAACACGAUGCUCCUGUGACUUUUGUAUGCAGCAACAAUAGCCAAGGGAAACCAGUUAUAUUGUCUGGAAGCAGAGAUGGUAUGAUUAAAUUGUGGUCAUCAACAUUUACAAAUGGUCAACACAAAUACAUAUGUGUGGCCACAUUAAAGGCACAUACGAAGGCAGUAACGUGUGGAAGCUGGUCAAGUGAUACAACAUUUGUGACAGGAUCAGAUGAUGAAUGUAUUAUAACAUGGCAGCUGAAUGUAGUUAAUGGAUCUAUAGUGAGUGCAAGUAAAAGGAACACAUUGAAGACCGAGUCACCAGUUCUCAGUCUGGACACAUGGAAUUAUGGAGCAGAUAAGUUGAUCUGCUCAACAGAAUGGUCAGGAGUGAUCAAAUUAUGGGAUUCAAAACUAAUUGCGGCCAAACAGACAGAUUAUGACCAGUCAUCAUGGUUACUAAAGGUGAAAUGGGAGCAGCAUAACAGGAUCACAGUCAUGACAAUGAGUGGCAGUGUUCUUUAUGUGUCUUUGAAGGAAAAGAAUGGCAGGAUUGCUGAUUUCAGAGACAUAAGAACUGUCAGUGUUAAAGAUGAUGAAAACUCUAUACCAAAAAACAUACCUGCUCACAAACUUGGGGGCAAGUGGAUAACUGAUGUUACAUCUGUUGGAGGGUCACAGAUUAUCGUAGAUACAAGGGGACAGGUUAACUGUACCAGCUCUCCCACAGAACCCCAAUACUGUGUGAAGGUGCAUGCUUUAGAGAUUACCUGUGUGGCUACAGGUCAAGGUUACAUCUUCACUGCAUCUAAAGAUAAAACCAUCAAAGUCUGGGACAGGAAUAUGAAACAGGUGGGUCAGUUUUUCUGUACGUCACCAGUUACAUCAAUGAUGGUUAUUGAUGACUCCACCCCACAGCGUGUACCGAUUGUGUUUGGUGAUGAACUUGGAUUUGUUAAUUAUCUUACAUGGACCUGUUGCUAGGCAACAUAAUCAAAGAUGUUGUAAAUAGAACAUUUUUUAAAAAAAUUUAAAAAUACUAGAAAAUA